AUGUCGUCUUAUGUAACGGCGAAGGUUGCUGUGCUGGUGCUGGUCGGAGUAAUCCCUUUCUUGUUCGCCUUGCUUCCGUGGCUCAUCAGUGCGAGCAUAAACCUGCGAUGCUGCCGCAGGGAGAAUGGCAUCGAAUUGGCGGAGAAAAUACUAAACUAUCUUAACUUUGUUGCCGGCGGUGUAUUCCUUGGACUAAUUCUAUUGCACAUGGUACCGGAGGUGACAGAGGAGAUGGCGGAGAGCUUGGAAGCGCAGGGGAUCCAUACACACUUCCCGUUUGGCCCAUUCCUCGUGGCAAUUGGGUUGAUAACUUUCGUCGUCCUCGAGCAGAUUGUGAUGUAUUGCAAAGGAAAUGAUCAUCAGGGGAAGCAGGCCUACGGAAAUCACGGUAACCAUGAGACAUUCACGUCACAAGACAACCUUGAGGCGGAAGAGACAACUGGUUUGUCAACGACUUUCAAGCACCAGAAACGCCACCAUCGCUCGUACGAGGCCAUACCGGUUGAAGAAUCUGCGUAUAUUGACGACGCGCACCUCCUCCACGACCACGUCGAGACGUCCAACAACGGCCCGGGGCGGAACUCCCUCCUCAGGACGUACGCUCUACUCGUCGCACUAUCCCUCCACGCAAUCUUUGAUGGCAUGGUGAUAGGCUUCCAGGAUACUGAAUCCCUCCUCUGGGAACUUUUCGUUGCAAUAAUCUUCCACAAGAUCCUAGUCGCUUUCAGUCUCGGGUCUCGUUUACUGAAGGCCAAGCAGCAGCUAUCGGUGAAACAUUAUUUCGGCCUGAUCGUGGUCUUCUGUCUUAUGUCGCCAAUUGGCGGCACAAUCGCAGCUCUACUCGCGGACUAUUCAAAAUCGCCCGCGCUGAAACUGACCGAGACAAUUCUGACUGCGCUUGCUGCGGGGAGUUUUAUGUUUGUGACUUUCUUUGAGAUUUUGAGGUUUGACUAUGACUCGAAGGUAAAUCUCAUUGGUGUGUUCUGUCUCAUUCUUGGCUUCGGAGCUUACUCAUUGGAGUUGUAUCUUGAAGGAGACCGGGGGCAUGUACACUGACACUAGCUACGUGAAGAAGGUGGAAAUGACACCCUGUUGAUACUAGUCACAUGAAGAUUUUAAUACUAGACCCAAUAGCUCUUGUAUACAUGUAUAGUCUCCUUUGAAGGGGUACGCCGUUCGUAAUUACUGGCGGGACAGCAAAUAAAAUGGAGUCGCAUACCAUGCAAAAGUGCAGUUAUCAUGCACAUGAAUUUGCUAGUGGAAACUUGGCAAAUUCUGCCAUUUUUAGAUUCACAAUUUAACCUUUUCAACGAGGACUCUCUUUGCAUCGUUUUGUUCCAGAUCCUGACUAGUCGUUCAAUUUGACAUUAAAUCAAUAAUUGCAAAAGCACUAUCAUUAAUUUUAUCACAUCUUCUCAUGUCAAUGGAAAAAAGAAAUCAAAGUUGAAUAAAGCAUGGGUCUAUCCCCUUCGUUGGUCGCGUUUGUGGAGAAGGCUGGGGGCUGUCAU